UUAGAGAAUGAGAGGGAGAUAGAGAGAGAGGACAUCCUAAUGCGACAAGGGCUGCAGCUUGACUAAAUUGAGUGGCGCAGAAGGGGGGGAGACAGGAAACAGAGCGUGAGCGACGACAAACGGAGAUAGAGAGAGAGGGGAGAGAGAGAGAGCGAGGUAGAGAGAGAGGGAGGGACAACAAAGAUCUGUCAGAUGAGGCUAGAGACGCUUCUAUUAUCUGAAAAUCCCGUGUGGUCUCCUUUAUUACAGGGCGUUCUGAGCGGGCUGCAUCAGUGUGUCUCUUGCGCAUGAUCAGCCGUCUACACAUCCCUUCUGGCCGGAGUGAACCCACAUCUCAGCAUCUCUCCGCCAGCAGAGAGAAAGAAAUAAAAACGCUCGCUCUCCUCCGCUAAUUGAGGCACUGAUAAGCCACUUCUAAUUUCCUCCUGGUGUGGUGCAGAUCUGGUUCUGAUCCUGUUCGGUCCAGUUCUGAUCAGAGUGUGAGAAUGGGGCUUUUGCUGUUUCUGUUGAGCCUCAGCUCCUUAGCUCUGAGCUACGCUGUCGGCGGGCACGUGUGCAUAACGGGUCAUGACAGUGGACCAGUGUUUGAAGAGCAGCCCAGCAGUGUGGUCUACCCAGAGGGACUCAGUGAGGGCAAAGUCACUCUCAACUGCCAGGCUAGAGCCAGUCCUGCUGCUACGUACAGCUGGCGCGUCAAUGGUACAGACGUGCCUGUAGGUGACCCCCGGUACACGCUGGUAGCCGGUAACCUGGUGAUCAGCGGUCCCCAGUUCGGCCGUGAUGGAGGCUCCUACCAGUGUCUGGCCAUCAACCGCUGUGGCAGCAUACUCAGCCGGGCCGCCAACCUCAAAUUCGGCUACCUUCAUGACUUCCCUGGGGAAGGGAGGAGCCCACAGACGGCUUACGAGGGAGCAGGUGCCUUCCUGGCCUGCCAGCCCCCCGCCCACUACCCAGCUCUUUCCUACCGCUGGUUCGUUAGCGAGUUUCCUAGCUUCAUGAAGCCUGACGGGGGUCGGUGGUUCGUUUCCCAGGUAACGGGCAACUUGUACCUGGCCAAGGCGGAGCCUAACGAUACAGCAAGUUACUUCUGCUUCACCACCAUCAACAUGGACAUUAGCACCAAGAGUACCUUCAGCAAGGCUAACCAGCUCACCGUGCAGCCAAAUGCCAACGCCAGGAAGUCAGCUCCUGCMAUCAAAGUGGGUUUCCCAGCAGAGACGUAUGCCCUGACAGGACACACUACCCAGCUUGAAUGCUUCGCCUACGGAAAUCCCGUCCCAAAGCUCCGUUGGAGGAAGGUGGAUGGUCUGUUGCCGUCUAAGGCCGGGGCUAGUGCAGAGGGACCCAUCCUCACACUGCCUGAGAUGACCUUCCAUGAAGAGGGGGUGUAUGAGUGUGAGGCCUACAACUCUGAGGGCCGCGACACACAACAAGGACGCAUCACCGUGCAAGGUCCCUUCCCCGUAGCACAGGCCAGAGUGGGCUGCAGGACCGGGUGGAGGUCCACGGUGGGGUCGUCUGCAGAAAAGGUCUCAACCUGGCCCUGGAGGGAUUCUGGAUGUAUCAGUGUGUGGCCUGAGAACAAACACACGGACCCAUCUACUCCAAACGCCGAGCUGAGGGUGCAAGGUGAGUCCAGUCCCAGACUUUUCCGCUCCAACCCGGUGAGGAGGCUGUCCCAGCGAGCCCAGAGGAGGCACGGUGAUGAUGGAGUGUCGGCCCGCGAGAGCCGCCCCAAACCCCCCCUGUUCUGGAGCCGCGAUGCCACUAAGAUCACCUUGGCUCCCUCUAACGCUGACAUCAACCAGGGGGAGAACGUCACCCUGCAGUGUCACGCUUCACAUGACCCCACCAUGGACCUCACCUUCACCUGGGCUCUCAACGGAGCUCUGCUGGACCUGGAGGACCCCGGCGGACCGUACCACCGCGUGGAGGGGAAGGAGACCGUAGGUGACCUGUUGAUAGUGAGUGGUCAGCUGAGUCAGGCAGGUACAUACAGCUGUACAGCUCAGACCGUGGUGGACAGCGCCUCAGCCUCCGCUAAACUGGUGGUCAGAGGUCCCCCGGGACCUCCCGGCGGUUUGGUGGUGAAGAACGUUGCCGCGACGUCGGUGGAGUUGCGGUGGAGUCGUGGCUAUGACAACCACAGCCCCAUCGGGAAGUAUGUUAUCAUGGGUCACUCUCCGCUGUCUCCUGGUUGGAAGAGGAUGAGGACAGACCCAUCUAACAUUGAAGGCAAUGCGGAAUCGGCUCGUGUGGUUGGCCUGUUGCCCUGGAUGGACUAUGAGUUCCAGGUCAUCGCCAGUAACAUCCUGGGUAGUGGAGAGCCUAGCAUGUCCUCUCACACCGUACGCACCCAGCAAGCAGGUCCCACAGUUGCCCCUAGUGGACUAGGUGGAGGAGGAGGAGACCGCAACGAACUCAUCAUCACCUGGACCCCCAUGGCCAGAGAGUACCAGAAUGGAGAUGGCUUUGGCUACAUCCUGGCAUUCCGGAAGCGGAACACUCCGACAUGGGUGGUGGAGCGUGUUUCCAACGUGGAGUCGUCUCGCUAUGUGUACUCCAACCAGAGCCUGUCCCCCUACUGCCCGUUUGAGGUGAAGAUCAAAGCCUACAACCGUAAAGGAGAGGGUCCCUUCAGCCAGAUCGCCCUGGUGCACUCUGCAGAGGAGGAGCCCACGGUGGCGCCCUCGAGGAUCAACGCCACGGCUCUGACGGCAUUCGAGAUGCAGGUGUCGUGGGACCCGGUCCAACACCUCAGCGCCAAUGGCAUCCUCAGAGGUUACGAGAUCCGGUACUGGCGUCAGCAUGAGCGGGAGGCGUCUGCAGACCGUGUGCGUACAGCUGGGCUUGAGACCACGGCUCGCGUGGUGGGACUGAGACCCAGCACUCGGUACCAUGUUACCGUAAUGGCCUACAACAGCGCUGGCACUGGACCAGCCUCACCCAGAACCACUGUCACUACCAGGAGACCACCUCCUAAUCGUCCCCCUGGCAACGUGUCCUGGAAGACUGAUGGCUCAUGGGUAACUGUUAGGUGGGAUCAUGUCAAGACCCUGGACAAUGAAUCAGCCGUACUGGGUUACAAGGUCCUGUACAAGCACGAGGGCCAGUCUGCUCUGAAGGUUCUGGACAAGGGGAAGACGUCUGUGACCCUGCCCCUACCCAAAGACAAUGGCUACGUGGUCCUGGAGAUACGCUCCUGGGGGGAGGGGGGCGACGGAGCCGCUCAAGAGACCAUCGUCUCCCGAGACUCAGGAACUGGAAUGAUGGUGCAGAACCAGGCGGGAUCCCCAUGGUCCAAUCAUGCUCCUUUCCUGCUCACCGCCACACUCUCCAUCACUCUCAUUGGCUUACUGGACCUGUGAUCUACAACAAUCCCUGGACAUUAUGUUUCAUGGUCUAAGCCGAUUGGUCAAAUUCACCUAUCUGGAGUUUUGUUGGGGUGGGGUUAAGGGAUGAAUUUGAAUAGGUGGGGAGGGAUGUYUGGGGUAAUAUUUUGAAACAAGGGGGAUGGUGGGAGUUGUCAAAAUGACUAAUGGUUAUUUUAUUCUUUUUAUAAGAAAAUCAAAGAGGGUAAUUUUUUUAUGUGUGGGUCUGUGGGGUUUCAAGUGGGUCAGACUACCUGAUUGUCAGUUACAUUGGUGUCGUUAGAACCAUGCCUUAUGGGGAUAAGAGAGGCCUUUGUGCUUCACAGCAAUAUGUCACUCUCUCCAUGUCUCCUGGCUUUCCCUACUCUGCUAUAAACCCAAGGCUCACUGGCGUAUGUCACCCAAAUCAGCCUGUGUAUGUAGAGCAUCAUGUGUACAUACCAUAGAGAAUGAAAGAGGACUCUAGUGCRCAAAAGCACGUUUUAGCAUGGGCUGCGCAAUUGAGGACUUUCACCUUUCUGAAGUUGUCAAAUGGGUGGGACAUCCUAUGGGUUAAGGAAGGAUCACAUAAUUCCAUCCAGGUCCUCAGGAGGGAUCAGCCAAUGAAUUAUACUUGUGAUCAAACAUUCCGUAACUGCAGGUGGCAGUAAAUCGCCAACCUUCCCUUUAUACCUGUUUAAACAACACACUACCAGGUGGCAGUAUGCACCCUUUCAGUUUUUUUACCAACUCAUAGAAGUAGUAGUAGAAGAACAUGUACUACUUCAAAAUGGAGAUGGUCUCAAUGGCGCUGCCCGUGCGCUCACAGACACCAUAAUGGGACAGGUACAAUGAUGAGUCCUCUAUAAUUAUCUAUGGUACAUACAUACAGAACAGUAGACAACAUCUUUGGUUCCCUCAGACACUGACCAACUCAAACGUUUGUAUCUAGAAUAAGAUGAAGGGGGAUAAAACAGUGAUGUCAUAAAUCUCAUGAUUUUUGAGAAAGUCUACUUCAAAUGGAACUCACUGUAAAUAGAACGCUAACUUAGUCUACUGGUUUUUCUUAUGACACAGUCUGUUUAAAAUGGUCCAUUUUCUCUUUGGAUUUUCUGCCUGUGUAUUUGAUUGGUUGCUUUAUUAUUUGUUUGCGAUGGCAGCAUCAGGAUGAAUAACUUCAAUGGUCCAAAUGAAUGUUUACCUUUUUUAUUGUUUAUGUUUAGAUGAGAGAACUCAACUUGAUAAAGAGCUUCAUCAGUUCUUUCAACAGCAAAAAUACAAUGAAKGUGUGAUCACCAAGUACAGAGUUAUCGUUAGUAUUAUUAUUAAUGCACCAUUAUUCUGUCACCCUUUAUCUAUUAACUUUUAUGUAACAUGUCCUGUUGUUCAUUAACUGUUAAUCAUGCAACACACCUGCCAUAAAUACUGUCUGUCUGAGAAGGGUUCACAGCAAGGAUACGACAUCUAAGGAACAUACCGCAUAUGCUAGCUAAUCAUGAAGCCCCUGUGAUAUUGAUUUGGGUGUAAAGCAAAGAGAAUUCCCGCAAGCUAUUUAGAUGUUCCCGAUGUUUCCAGUUACAAUAGCAACAUGUCAACCACUGUCUUUGUCAAGUGUUAUGCCACUGUACAUUAAAACCGUGGCAGCUUUUGUACAGUGGGUCUUCUCCUAUAUUUUCCCAUCUGAUAACUCCUGCACCUAGAAAGUCUGUGGAAUGUAUGUUCAGUACAUUGAACUAUUGAUUUUGGGCGUAGCCAAGAAGUUCAAUGGUAAACUGCUGUUCCAACACAGUGUGUCUGUUCUCAAUAUAACUACUGUUAGAUACAUCUUAACGUGAAACAAGAUGGCAACUACUGUAUGUUGUCUAUUGUUGUUUUAUUCCAUUUCUGUUGGUCUGAACCAUAUAAAGGCAGGUUGGCCAGUAGCAGUACGUUUGUGCUGCUACAUGUUGUUCUAUGCAGUAGAACAGUUCUAGGAACCAAGAAGCUCUGCGGCACUCCAGGGUUUGUUAGUCAUCACUAAUUGUAAUUCUAUGAUUUCAAAACAUCUCAGGAGUGUAGGAAUCAAACAAUACCUUUUAUGGUUUGCAAGGGGUCUUUUUUUGUUAUUUGUAAAAUUCUGGGAGUUGAAAACGGUUUGUUGAGCAAGUGGUUGGAUGAUGGACCACUUGUUUUUUCCAGUGCUGUCUGCUAGCUACAUUUCACAUUUUAGGGCCAAAGCUGUAUAGAAGUUAUUGUUUGUUUUAAACAGACAUCAACUGAUUGUCAACAUCAGAAUGAGCUAGAUACAAACACACUGGAUAUGAAACAUUUUGAUGACAAUCUGUUAGUACAGCAACAACGCCACUAUACCCAGAGUACCCAGUUUUGACAGUCACGUUGUUUUCAUAAUACAUUGAUGUAUUCAACACCUGUCAGUUUUGAUGUUUCAGACCCGUAGUGUUGUUUUGAUUCCAGUGUGUGAAGCCACCCAAUCCUGUGCCUGACAGUGUUCAGGUCAUUUUUCUAUUGGAUCGGGACUGUUGCGUUUUAUAAACUGUUUUGGUAUGUUGAUCACUGUACCUUAAAAUAAAGAGGGCAGCUAAAAAAGAGAA